AAGCCCAAAACGAGAGCCCAGUCGUCCCUUCACAUGCCCUAGCUCUAUGUGCAAGCAUUUCAUUUGCGUCAUCCUCCUGUAGAGUGAAAUGCUGUGGUGGCUACGUCGAAACUAGCCUAUUGCCCUAUUGGAGACACAGAACCCUUGCAAUCGAGAGAUAAUGGCAGAGGAGGCGAUUUUGGGCUACUUAGAGAAUCACGAAGAAAUCUCUGAUUCCGGCGAGUUCGCCGCAGAAAGGGGAAUCGACCACGCUGAGAUCGUCAAUGUUGUCAAAAGCCUGCACGGUUUUCGCUUCGUUGACACUCAGGACAUUAAGAGGGAGACAUGGGUACUUACUGAGGAAGGGAAAAAGUAUGCUGCUGAAGGAUCGCCUGAAGUACAGCUGUUCUUGGCUGUGCCAGCAGAGGGUAGCAUCUCGAAGGAUGAGUUGCAGAAAAAGCUUGACUCUGGAAUUUUCAAAAUAGGGUGCACGCAGGCUGGAAAGAAUAAGUGGGUGGAAAUGGGAAAGCAUAUAUCGAGGAAGGUUCAACAUGUGGAAGACAAAGUAAAGGACUUGCUUUUGCGGAUUCAAGAUGGCAAGACAAUUGACAAAGAUGAUAUUAAUUCAUUGAAAGCAAGAAAGCUGAUUGUUUUACAGACUUGGAAGGGCUACUCAGUGAGAAAAGGUCCUAACUAUGCACCAAAAAGAAAGAAACCAGCAACUGAUUUGACUCGGGAAAAUCUACAGAGGGGUGAUUGGAAGGAACUAGAGUUUAAGGAGUAUAACUUCAGUGCUAAGGGUCCACCACCUGAAUGUGGCCAUCUUCAUCCGCUGAACAAGGUUAAAGACCGAUUGAAGGAUAUUUUUCGUCAACUAAAUUUUGAGGAAAUGCCGACAAAUAGAUAUGUUGAGAGCAGCUUCUGGAAUUUUGAUGCACUGUUCCAGCCACAACAACAUCCUGCCCGUGAUUCACAUGAUACAUUCUUCUUGCAAGUUCCUUCAACGACAAGGCAGCUGCCAGAGGAUUAUGUUGAACAAGUGAAGGAGGUUCAUGAGUCGGGAGGUUAUGGAUCAAGAGGAUAUGGAUAUGAAUGGAAAAGAGAUGAAGCAAACAAAAACCUUUUGCGAACUCACACAACAGCAAUUUCAUCACAGAUGCUUUAUGCACUAGCACAGCACGCAAAAGUGCAUCCUUUUAGUCCCAAAAGAUACUUCUCAAUCGAUCGAGUUUUCAGAAAUGAAGCAGUAGAUCGUACUCAUCUUGCGGAGUUCCAUCAGAUAGAAGGUCUGGUGUGUGAUCGAGGCCUUACUUUGAGUCACCUGAUUGGAAUCCUGGAGGACUUCUUUUCACGAUUAGGGAUGUCUAAGCUGCGGUUCAAGCCUGCUUAUAAUCCAUAUACCGAACCUAGCAUGGAGAUUUUCAGCUAUCACGAAGGCUUUGGGAAAUGGGUGGAGAUUGGAAAUUCUGGCAUGUUCAGGCCCGAAAUGUUGCGUCCCAUGGGAUUUCCAGAAGAUGUUAGUGUUAUUGCAUGGGGGCUUUCACUUGAAAGACCAACGAUGAUAUUGUAUGGAAUUGAUAAUAUCCGUGAUCUGUUUGGACACAAGGUGGAUCUUACUCUCAUGAAGAGAAACCCUCUAUGUCUCAUCGGAAUUCGUUAGACUCUGAAGUGUUUCUUAUUUGUUACCAUUUUUAUUUCUUCUCAUCUGAGGACAAAUUGCAAUGAGUUUUAUGUGGGCAAAAUUGUCAAAGUGCCUGGCUCUGUAUUCUUUCGGCAUCGCCAUGUUGCGAGUCUAGUGAACUUGUAUUGCAAUUUGCAGCGACGCACUCUAACGCUA